CUAAGUCCAGCAGGAGUUUCUACGCUGGCUUCGGCGUCCUUCCCGCAGUGUCAUCUCCUGAUGUUAUCAGGCGCAGCGUAAGGUUACAUAAAAGAUCAACAGGAGAGAAUGGCAAGGGAAGCUCAUGCACGAUCACGACGGAGGAAGCAACUCAUAGCAAUACAAUAACACUUACGUGCGUGGGCAACAUAUAAAACAAGUAAACCAAAGGACUUAUAAGAAAACGGAAGCGAGUUAGAAUUUAGUCAAUUGAAUGCACUGACUUCACCUCGGCCGAUGAGGUGACAUUGAGUUUGCGACUUAUAUAGCACCGGUUUCGUCUCAUAGGUAAGGACAUCGGCAGUGGCGAGACCUGCGCCUCCUUGAAGAGGAAGCCCGGGGAUGGAUCCCUUGGUUAAAAAGGAUGAACUGAUCUUCACCGUCCACCGAGAAAACAAUAUAAAAGUCUAAGCCGGCGGAUAAAAUCACUCCAGCUGAGGAUUGUGCGCUUAUACUGGGUUAUCUCCUACUCAAGAUGUCACCAGAGUACUUGCUAAGGUCACUGCUGAUGCUAAUUCUAGCGCUGUUCUCCGCCAAUGCGAGCAACUGGCUGUACCUGGCCAAGCUGUCGUCUUCGGGCAGCAUCUCGGAGGAGGAGGCAUGCGAGAGACUCAGGGGUCUGGCCCAGCGCCAGGUGCAGAUCUGCAAGCGCAACCUAGAGGUGAUGGAGGCCGUCCGCGGAGGAGCCCGCCUGGCCAUCGACGAGUGCCAGCACCAGUUCCGAAACCGACGCUGGAACUGCUCCACGCUGGAGACGCAGCACGUCCUCGGGAGGGUCGUGACUCAAGGCACCAGGGAGGCCGCCUUUGUAUACGCUGUCUCGUCGGCGAGCGUGGCCUUCGAGGUGACUCGAGCCUGCAGCAGCGGCGAGUUGCAGAGGUGUGGUUGCGACCGGAACGUGCACGGGCCCGGCCCUGACGGCUUCCAGUGGUCCGGCUGCUCAGACAACAUCGCCUACGGUGUGGCCUUCUCCGCCUCAUUUGUGGAUGUUCGAGAGAGGGGCAAGGGCUCGUCCUCCAGCAGAGCACUAAUGAACCUGCACAACAACGAAGCUGGGAGGAAGGCCAUCCUGAACAACAUGCGGGUGGAGUGUAAAUGCCAUGGGGUGUCGGGCAGCUGUGAGGUGAAGACCUGCUGGAAAGCCAUGCCCCAGUUCCGCAAGGUGGGCAACAUCCUCAAGGAGAAGUUUGACGGUGCCACCGAGGUGGAGCAGCGUAAGGUGGGCACCUCCCGUGUGCUGGUGCCUCGGAACCCCCAGUUCAAGCCUCACACGGACGAGGACUUGGUCUACCUGGACCCCAGCCCGGACUUCUGCGACCGUGACGCGAGGAGCGGGGUUCUGGGCACGGCCGGCCGGCUCUGCAACCGGACUUCGAAGGCCAUCGACGGCUGCGAGCUCAUGUGUUGUGGCCGUGGCUUCCGCACGGAACAGGUGGAGGUGGUGGACCGCUGUAGCUGCCGCUUCCACUGGUGCUGCUACGUCAGGUGCAAGCAGUGCCGCAGGACAGCGGAGACACAUGCUUGCCGGUGACUCCACCCCUACCUGAUGACCACACCCAGUAUCAGUGACCAUGCCUUCUGUUGGUGACUCAGUCUUAUGCCAGCAACCCCGCCUCCUGUGGAUGGCCCCACCCUCAGCCCCCAUAUUUUGGUGAGGCUCCACCCUAAUGACCUCCUGCAAGCAAACCAACCAAUCAGAGACGUUCAUGAGAGAUAAUAAGCCGAUAAGGACACUGGAAUGGUCCCACAUGUGUUUUUUGAACUUCUGUUUUUCCCGAUACAUCCUGGCUUUUUUUUUCAUUUCUUAUUUAUUGUUACUCAUACUGAAAGAGGUACCUGAGAAAUGAUGUGUCCUGGAAACCUACUAACAGGAAAACAGGAAGUUAUGCCUUAUGGUGCCGUAGUCUGAGAUCGGGGGGGGGGGGGGGGG